GGGUGUGCAGACAUGCAGCCUUGGCGGGUCAUGCCUGCCGAGGCCGGGAUUAUCUGAUUACUGAUCCACCAGAGCUCAACGAGCAUUCAAGAAGUUAAACCCUCAGUCAUCUUUAUGUUUUUGUCUAUCAAUCAUUCUCUUGAAGACAUCCCGUAAACUACACCCAAAUUCGCUUCUCAACUAGACUGAUGCCUGGAUCCAGCCAUCCACAUUCCGACGUCCCGCUCUCGGACACAUUGUCUGCCCGAUCCUAUCUCGAACUUGGCCAUGAUGCGUUCCAGGCCCAACUCCAGCCCCAAUUUCGACCUGCCGAAUAUAUUCCGGCGAGCAUCUUCAAUCCCCUGGCAUCGGGAGAUCUGAUCCAAGCUUCAAGCACGUCAGGCCCGCACCUGCGUCCGCGCCAACGACGACCGAUCCACAAAGAAGCGGAGAGGACCGAAACAGCCGCAGGUACUAAGGACCCGCAUCGUGAAAAGGAUCGACCGGUACGAAAAAGAGGUCGACCAAGAAUUGAGACCGCAAAGGACGCAGCGGCAAUUGAAGAACGUCGUUUGCAAAUCAGGCGGGCUCAACGCACCUACCGCCAGAAGAAGGAGACGACCAUUCAGGCUCUCAAGACCCGCGUGGAACAACUCGAACAGACCCUCCAGCAGGUUUCAGAUCUGCUGACGGCUGCCCCGGAAGAGCUUGACGCCCUCACCAGCCCGAGCGACCUCUCCCGUGCGCGGCAAUUGGCGCUAGCGGAGAUAAACAAGGCUCGUGAAUUCCCAGCCGAAGUCAGCGAUCCAGUGGGACGGACGACAGAGUCGCUACGCGAUAUAUUCGGGUACGAAGUUUUGCAUGGGCGAAGAAACGCCAACGAGGAUGAUUCAAAGUCAUCGUCCUCUAGGAAUGCGCAACGACAAAGAAAAGUCGCCACGGACCCGGGAUACCCCCAUCCACGAUCCCCAUCCCCAUUGCUCAACCGCCUCUUCCCAUCCACAACCAUCUACACCUAUAGUUACCAAGAAUCCUGCUUGUCCAGACGCCUCCAACGGUUCUGUCUAGAACACACCUACCGAUGGCUCUCGGACGCAAGUUCCGAACCCCAGCUGAUGAGCCGUGUCUUCGGGCUAUUUCCCUGUAUCCAAGACAUGCCCGGCGUUCGACGUACCUCCCGGCGCAUCCUUCAAUCCGAAAUUGGCGGGCCACUGGAAAUAACCAAAGUACCCUUCUACACGCUCGGUGGUGCGGGUAUGCAUUAUCCGCGCUCCAAUGAAGAUGGAGAACCCAUAUAUCCGGUAAACAGGCGCCGGCCUGGGAAGAUCCUGCGGAGACUAGCGGGCAUUCUGCGGAGGGGCGGGAUCUCCGAUUGGGACGAGGAUUGGAGUGGCGAUUUGGAGCCCGAUGCUGGUGAUAAGCAGGGUGAGGAUAUCCGGUCUCUGAGCGAGGAGGAGCGUCUGCGCUUUCUGGAUCUUGAGGGGGAUUGGUUCGAUUGCCACGAUGUCCAGGGGUAUCUUGAAGACCGGGGUUUCGUGCUAGAGGGCUCAUCGGUGUGGUUGGAAGUACCGGCAGCGACGGUUGGAGCCUUAUAUGGCUUUUACCCGGACAGCGGUUCUGAUUACUGUGCAUCGCAGUUGUAUGUCUCCCCCGGGGAGAUUUCUUCCAGUGAUGUGAGUGAAUUACAAGACCUGGGGACGUCGACAUCGAAGUAUACCCUGAACGUUGAAUGCUUCUUUGAUUUGCUCCUUUCCAACAUCAGGCUGCUCGGCCGAGCGCCUGGCUUCCGCCUCUGGGACGUGGAUGCUGCACUCCGCUCGGCAAUCCACCGGCGAUCCUUCUGAGCCGAUGUCGACACAUCGCCAGUAUCGAUAUUCUAUAUGACUUGACGAAAAUAACGAGCCGACAUGAAAUACGAUGAUACGAGAGCAUAGAAUAAGCAAAAACUCCAAUAGAGAAUGAAACUCUGUUAUUGCAUGAUUGUCAUUGGGUAUAUCGCAUAGACGUCUGAUAUGACAUAAAAAACACCAUCACCGUCACCAUCGUCGCCACUCUAGGAUGAGCAACAAGCCUUUCUCAUUCAGCAACCGCCGCCUCGUUGGGCGAUCUCAUUGGCAUACUGUGCCCAUUGCAUGCAUCCUCCAUCUCGAUUCGUAGAGGGGUUGGUCAUCUAGCAGCAAAUCUCGCAGCACUCGAAGCAGGCAAGGCCGGCGCAGCUGUGAAUCAGGUUAGUGACUCGUCACGCAUAGCAAGGCUUUCGAGGUUGCCCCUCGGGGUCAAAGAGAAAUACUCACAUUCCGCAGCAAAGGCCACCGCCACCACCACCGCGCAGCUGCAUGGACAUCUCCUCCUGGCUAGCCUAAAUUGCGCAUAUAUUAGUUUCCAUUUCUAUCUGAUUGCGGUUCCGGGGCCAGGUAGUCGGGGUUAGGGGAUAGACGUACGGGCUGCUCAGCGACAACGUUCUGGUUGGUGGAGGGAGCGGCAGGGCUGGAAGGCUGCUGCAUAGCAACGGUGUUGGGGUUCCAGGAGUUCUCCUGGGCCUGGGCCUCGGCGGGAGCAGACUUGAAGAAGUUGAAGUUGAACAUGGUGAUGAGCUUGGGUUGGGAUGAACGACUGGUGUGUUCCGAGUGAUGUAUUCUGUGGUAGAGAUAAAGGAGGGGGAGAAAGAAGGAAUGGACCAGGUGACGGGGGUUGGGGGGGUAGUAAUUUAAAUAAAAUUUAGUUGAGGCGGGAUCAGCAGGGCUGAGCUGAAAAAGGGGACCGCUAGAAAAAGGACGAUGGAGAUCCACCAUUACACGACGACGACUAACGUCAAUAAUGACAGUAGGAUGUGGAGGAUCGGCCGCCUCUUUGGGCUAGCGUUUACUAUUAUCGUUGUUUCCGC